CGUAAUCGUAGCGCAGGAGAAAAAAAGUUUUGUUCAAUGACAUGUAGACAAACGAGUGGGUCUGAUUUCAUCGAGGUUUUGUGCGCAGAAGUGAUUUUGUUUAUAUCGCUUAUUGUAUAAAAGUGCAGGGGUUGAACCAACGAGCACAUAAGGAAGGGACGGUGGCGCUUCAUGAAAGAGGUGCUGUGAGAAAGAUUUCUAUCUCUCUCACACAUUCACAGCCGCACCCGAGUCGCAUCUACCGACAUUACUAUCUACCUACUCUGCAAUAGCAUGGCCAGAUCUAGUAAAGCGACUUUAGCGUUGCUCAUCUACGGAAUCAUGAUGCACUACAGCGCCUUCUGCACGCCCAUUGGGAUGACUUUUCCCAAGAUGAGACUAGAAAAUGAUGUAUUUGACGAAGACGGAAACUCGUUAAGCGACCUGGCUUUUGGAACUGAUCAGAUUGCCAUACGAAGUCCUCCAUCCCUCUCGGAUGACUUAUACACGCUGUACUAUCCUCCAGAGAAAAGAACGGAAAGGCAUGCAGAUGGAUUAUUAGAUAGAGCCUUGAGGGACAUCCUGGUUCAGUUAUCAGCACGAAAAUAUCUGCAUUCUCUGAUGGCAGUUCGUGUAGGCGGUGGAAGCAGCGAGGAGGAUGCAUCGGAACCAUUAUCAAAAAGGCACUCGGAUGGGAUCUUCACCGACAUUUACAGUCGCUACCGAAAACAGAUGGCCGUCAAGAAGUAUUUAGCAGCCGUCUUGGGAAGAAGGUACAGACAGAGAGUUAAAAACAAAGGACGCCGAUUUGCUUAUUUGUAGCGCUGAGAAAACAGCCCCGACUGCCCUCCCAUGUGUACAUUCAACCCUAAGAUCAAAGUCAUUCUGAUAUAACGGAAUAAUCAGUGGAUCGCGCCUGUGUUCUUUAAACAUGUAUUUAUGUAUGAAGUAAAGCCAUUAAAAUGAAUAUUUUACUAAUAACAUUGUUUUUCUUUUUGUACAAAAGCACUUGAAACCGCACAGUUAUACUUUGUGGACCAAUCCUUUUUGUUUUUAUGUAUAAUAUAUGUUGAAAACAAAAGGUAACAAAAACUAUUGGGAUUAAAAAAAAGAAAGAAAAAAUGUGCACUUUGAACGUUAUGCGCCUGGUAUCUUUUCAAAUUCAUCAUCAUAUGCAGAAAAUAAAUAGAUUUUAAAAAGACAAUCAAAGCUCUGAAUGUUAUACUUAUUUUUGUAAUAUGCUAAAGCAAAAGAAUAGAGUCUGAUUUUAUUUAACAUGUGCCCAGGGAUGUAAUGGACAUGCUCUGUAAAUUACAGGGCUGUUUUAAAAGUUGUGACUCCCCCCUGAAAGGGGGGCUGGAGUGGGAUUUAGCUGUCAUUUCUUUCUUAGCCCACCCAUUUGUGAAUUGUAUUCACAUGUCUUAUCCAAAUAGAAUGUGAAUGUCUUGCCUGUGUCUGUGACAGGAGCCAGUAUGCCUGACUGAAAAAGAAUGACACUGGAGUAUAACUGUAGUAUUGAUAUAUAGAUAUAUCUAUAUUUUCUCUUGUGGCUUUUCUUUCUACUCUUUAAUCCAAUGAGUUUGAUGUCUUCUUCAUCUCUCUGCAUGCUAUACGUCUGAUGUAUGCAUGCAUGUCCUUUCCACUUUGUUUCAGUUUCGUGUUUCUGUUCAUAUCUGUUCCAUGCUCAUUGGAUUAAUCCAUCCAUUAGAAUAAUUCCCCCUCUGAGGAAGCGAGGUUUUUUAUGUCUUCAAAGGAACACAUUACAUUGAUGAGUUACGACGAGUAAUGGAUUUGAAUCGAACAAACUCUAACAUUGUCAAACGCAUGCCCCAUUGAGCCUUGCAGAAUUGGCGCGUCAAUCUCUUUGCAAACCUUCGUGGAUGGCUUUGCGUCAUUUCUGACCCGUGGUGAAACCUCGUUCUUAUGUCGUAAGAAGCUGUGAAUGCUUAGGUAUGCGCUCUCUGCGCUUUAGCUGAACACAAUUUACAAAUCUUGUGUGAAGGCAAUGUGUUAAAACGUGCCAGUGAAGAAAUAAAACAGUCUGUGUAGUCCACAGCUAAUGUAGUGGGUGACACCCUCAUGUCCAUGACUUCAUCAUGAAAUGUUCUUUAGUGGUCUUAAUCGCUGCUUUAAAUAAGAUAAUGAAUGCUCAACAGUUUUAUUUAUCACCUCAUUGUAGAUCUAGAAAAUCAAUUGCAUUCACGCUUAUCUGUAAUUGAUGCUGAUGACUGAGGGAAUGUGAGAUUGAGAGAAUGGGGGCGGUCCUCAGAUUGACCAUUUUCAUAUUCAUAAUCUUUAGGGACAGACAGGCUUCCUCUUGUAUGUAUAGAUGAGGGUCAUACUAGGGCCUCUUUCCCGUCAUCACUAGGGCGGGACAAGCUGCAGAACACCUAGCGCUUUAUCUAUUCACAUAUUUUGGUUACUCCUGCAUUGCAUUCGGUAUAUUUUUCCUGUUUUGAAAACCAUCCACUAAUUCAAUAUGUAAACCGUCGUCCCAGGCAUGAAAUCAAUCUUUCUUCAAUUUGGCAUUGUCCCCCAGGCUUUUUGUGAGUAUGAAUGCGUUUCUGAGAGUGUUAUGCGA